AUGUCGUACUAUCGUGGGCCACCACCCCAGCAGCGAGGACGAUAUAAUUAUGUAUCAGGAUCGUACCCCAACGGAAACGCACAACAACAAGGUGGUCAACAGCGGAGGGAUGAUCGCAACUUUAGAGGAGAACGAGUCCAGCCAGCAUACUCUCAACCUCAACAGUAUGCUCAAAGACAACCACAAAGCUACACAAGACCUAUUCCAUCGGGAACGAAAUCACCUAGAACCGAAGCGAAGGACAUCUUAGACGAUGUGAGGUCCUCACAAGAACAAAGGGCACGAGCAUUCAAGACAUUGAUGGAUAGUGCACGGGAUGCACCUCAUAGCACCCGCUCUGUCUCCUCUCUCACGUCGGCCUUUGCUCUCUUCGCGUCCGAACAGCAGGAAGAGGUCAUAGACUUCGUGUAUGAUCUCUGUGAGGAUCCCAACUCUGCUGUUCGCAUCCAAGGCUACCAUACGAUUGUUGAGUUGAGCAAAGCGGUACCCAGCUGGACGCGUCGCAAUGCGGAUGUACUCGUGCAACUACUUCAGAGCGAUUCCUCCACCGAACUUCGCGUCAUUCGCGAAGCCCUGAUAUCUCAUAUUCAAACUGAUCCGGUUGCGGCAUUUGAAGUCAUUACUGAACAUCUGACACGGGCGGGUGAAGCGGAAGAUGAGUCUGGCGAGGCAUCGAUGGGCAGCCUAAAGCGAUUGGUCCUAGAGUUCCUCACGACUCCCGAUGUGACCAAGACACGACAUGACAAGCUCACUUCGGGGAGUUCGGCGGAAGCUUCAUUUAAUCGAGGUGUUUCUGAGGCACUCCUUCAUUCGUCCCGACGUGACGCCAAACAGCUUCUUUCCCUUCUUCAAUCGCUGCCGUCCUGGACCUCUCAAAAGCAACCCAAUCCCUUUAGAACUCAAUCUAUCACCUCCUUACUUGAACGUGCAAUAACGCUGUCACAGAGAGGUGGAGCCUUUGGAGAUGACGAGUCGCUCGCUCUGUAUACUCUAGCCCAAGAGGCGACGGAAGGUGGCAAUGGCGAUCCGCGGGCAUUCGUACGAUUUUGGGCUCGUAUGUCGUGGAAGGACUGGAAUGUUGCCGAACACUACGAAUAUGGGCGGAGCGUAACCCUGCAACGCUGGCUCAAAGCUUCGAUUACUGUUUGGAAAGACCUUCGCAGAGAAGAUAAGGCCGACGUCCCCGCAUUCGAUGAAAAAAUCCUCGCAAGAGAUGUGGCGGCUGUCACGAUAGAUUUGCUUAAUUCAGCGGCAGCGACAUUUGAGAAGGCAGGUGCUGCGAAUCAAGAGAACAUGUGGGCGUUCGUGGACGUUGCCUUAGCCAACAUUUUCCGGCUCUGUGAAACACAUAUGGACCUUCAGCCUGUCCGUGAUGCCUUCGGGGCUGGGCCCAUCAGCAAGAUGCUGCACUUUGCGUAUGAAACCAAGAAUAUGCGAGGGUCGGGACUCAGCGCGGAAAGCAUGCGUCUGCUCAUAUCGAUCGUUUCCAAGUCCGGUCGCGUCUAUUCCGAACUAGAAAUUCGUGCUCCUUACGCUGAAGAUCGACAGACCUCGUCCCGAGUAUCCAACGUUUCGCCUUCGCCUGGCGUUAAGCGCAAGGCUGAAGGUCAUCAGAUGGAUGAUCCACUCGCCGCGAGACCACCCGUGAAGAUCGACCGCGAUCGACCAAGCAAGGACAAGCUGGAUGGAGGAAAAGAUGCUUUGAGUAUGAUCAGAAGCACCCUCAUAGCUGCAGAAGCUAGUCCUCUUCCCCACCGCGACCGUGGGGGUGCUCGUACUGCUACACCAGAUCUCCUUACCUCCUCUCGACUUGACUCUUCAUCUGAAAAUCGACCAUUGAAGCGACCCAAAUUGUCAACGGAGGGCACAGAUUCGAACUCUACCCGCAGUGCAAGCUUAUUUGAGCGAAUCCACGGUGUAAAGCCACAGAGCGGUAUGUUGGACACCAAUGACGGCCAGCCGUCUGCAGUACCUCCACAGUCUCGCAGCCUUGCCGAGCGCCUCGGAGUCGACCUCAAGCGUGCAUCUACCCGAACGACCAAUGCGGAUGACAACUUUACCAUUCGUGGUGCUGCCAGUCUCGCGUCGAGGCUGUCUAGGCCUGCAACUUCCGCCAGUCUGUUGGACAGGAUUGGAGGGAAGUAGUGCCCAUUGUACAUGGUCAAAGGUUGAGGAGUGUGAAGAAGAAUAGCAUCUGUAUCGGCGUCAGCCAUGUAUCCCUUGUUGACAAAACCCGGGAACACCGAGUCUUCGGCUCCCUUACUCCCGAGAAUAUCACGCCUUGCAAUAUAUCUGAGGACAACACCCGGUGCCUCGAAGAUGCAGCAUCCAGCAGGCUGUCUGUAUUUGCGGACCGCUCUUCCCGGUGACCUAUCGACGUAUCAAUCGACAGACAUGUGACCCUUGGUAUCAUGCCUGAGCGUCACCCCUUCUCCAUACACUGACUGCAACUGGUUUGGAGAUCACCGUCUCGCGGCAGCGCUUGGCACCAAUUCGGGCCCAUGGCACCCAUGCUUAGAAUUCCCUGCAGCGCAAAGCCUAAUAUCACAAGUGAUGCUAAUGAUGCGCUCGUCAUCACCGACGCCCCGCAUGUGCUUGCAAUUCCCGACUCAGCAAACGAGUCAAGGGGGUGAAGACUACUCGUGGUGAUCUACUGCGCCAAUCGCCAUCGCAGUCCGGUGAUGACCCUUCAAAAAGUCUCAGAUGCUAAUCCGUGCAUUUUUCCAGCCACCGGCAUGCACCCGUCUUCGGCACUGGCAGUGGAAUGUUCUGCUCGAAACUGCA